UCUCUAGCUGCUCUAGCAGAAAAGUCAUAGCUUAUUAAUUUCUUGUAUGGAAGCAUCGGCUGACCUUCUUCCACCAUCUUCAGAUGUUUUCUGCAUUUUGUGUAGGGAAGGUCAUAACGAUGUGUGCUAUUUCAACUGGGGAAGCUCAGUGUUUGUAUGGAGCCAUUAUGAUGUUCAUUUUUUUUCUGUCCUGGGCUCCAAUGUUUUGUUAACUGCCUGUGAGCUGUUACUUCCAGAGGAGUAAUCACAGUGACUCUGUGAUCUCUUCUUGCAUGAUAAUGCUUAACAUAGAGCCUGUUGGUUUAAGUACAUAGCUGAGUUGGUGUUGUGUUUUUUUUUUCUUUUUCCCUAAUAAUAAUAAUAGUUCACAAAUGUGGGUUUUUACUACCAUUUGUGUCGUACAAAUACAACCUUUCGGGGUUCUUAUCAUUCAAUCUUAGUGUUUAUUUUCUGAAUAACUCUGUACCAUGAGUAAACUUUCUCACUGACCUACCCAGCACCUUUGAAAGCUCUCCCAAGAACAGAAAUGCCACAAACAGAUCCUGUUUGUGACUCUAAUUUUUGUCUCUUUGGGGCUUUCGUAUGACACUUAUACAAUACUUAAAGAAGAAGGAAGGGGAAAAUAUUUAACUUUUUCCUACCAUUUCUCCUUCUUCUCCAAUAAUCAGUCAUUAGUAAAUCGCCUGGCGUGGUAGCUUAGGAGAUUUUGGUAGGAAACAUUGUGAAAAGUUUUUUGGAAAUCCAGUCAUGCUUUCUUGCCCAGGCAUGUUGGCUCAUUCCUUCUUUCAGUGCACUGUAGCAGACUUGUUAAUGUUUCUUCUACUUUAAGUUAGGGUGACAUUUCACCGGUCAUAUUUACUGGCAGCUAACAUCUGUUCUGUGACUCUUGUAGUCUACAGGGCAACCCUUCCUUGAAUCUUCUGGCAUUCAUUAGAGAAAGUAAUUACGUUGACGACCUUCCACUCAUUUUACCUGCCACCUAUUUUACCUUACAGGUUACGCCCACUGAACCUUGUGAAUUGCAUCGUUUCUGCGAGCUGGAAUGCUAGAUCUGGCUCUGCCCUGUAAAUAUUGUCAGCUUUAGGAACUGGUUUGUCUAUCUGAUGGAUCCAACAGAAGCCAAAUAAGCAUGAGAUGCCUACGUAACGCAGAUUGCCAGGAAUUGUACUAAAUACUUCACUGCUGAACGGGUUGCUCAGGUACCCUGCCUGUUUUGUUGCUAUGGGAGAUUGGAAGACUGUGGCUGUGCCAGUGCUGUCAUCAGAUAGCAAAAAUAUAUUUCAGUAUACCUCAGAGAAAAAGAUAUCUCCCCCAAACAUGAACGCUCAAGUGCUACGCUUGCCACUGCCUUCAUCCAAAAGCAUGCACAGCUUUUUCAGUGCCUUCUGCACAGAAGAGAAUAUUGAACAGAGUAUAUCCUAUCUCAAUAGGGAAUUGACAACAUUGGGCUUUCCUUCUAUUUAUGCGGAGUCCAAAGGAAAGGAAUUAAACUUAAUAUCUAUCAUAAAUUGCAUGAAUGAAUUGCUUGUACUGCAACACAAGAACCUUCGAGCUCAGGAAGAAGUAGAAAUGCAGCAUCUGAAACUGGGUAGCGAUAUGGAUCACUUACAGAACUGCUAUGCUAAAUUAAAGGAACAGCUGGAGUUAUCUAAAAGGGAAAUAGUUGGCCUUCAGGAAAGAGACAGACAACUGCAAAGCAAGAACAGGAAUUUGCACCAGUUACUUAAAAAUGAAAAGGAUGAAGUUCAGAAGUUACAGAACAUAAUUUCAAGUAGAGCAACACAGUACAAUCAUGAUAUGAAGAGGAAAGAGAGAGAAUACAACAAAUUAAAGGAACGCUUACAUCAAUUAGUCAUGAACAAAAAGGACAAAAAGAUAGCUAUGGAAGUUCUAAAUUAUGUUGGUAGAGCUGAUGGGAAGAGAGGUGCGUGGAGGACUGAUAAGACGGAAGCCAGAAAUGAGGAACAAAUGUACAAAGUUCUGCUAAAUGACUAUGAGCAACGCCAAAAACAACUUUUAUUGGAAAAUGCUGAACUGAAGAAAGUUCUUCAGCAAAUGAAGAAAGAGAUUAUUUCACUUCUUCCACCACAGAAACAAAAACCUAAAGAAAGGUGUGAAGAUGGGCCAGUACUUUCAGACUUAGAGGAGGACAUUGGAGAGUUCAAUAAAGAGAAUAUGUGGGAACUGUCAUGUGAAACUGUGCGAGAGCAGCUUACCAACAGCAUUAGAAAACAAUGGAGAAUGUUGAAAAAUCAUGUUGAAAAGCUGGAUAACCAAGUGUCACGUGUGCAUUCAGGAGCUUUGAAUGACAAAGAUGUAAUUUCAAGGGAAGACCAUGAGCUGGAAACUGAAAAACUAGAGUUAGAAAUUCAGCAAUGUAAAGAAAUGAUCAAAACUCAGCAGCAACUUUUACAGCAACAGCUUAUGUCUCCAUGUGAUGAUGACACCACUCUGUUGCUACAGGACUGUUAUUUGCUGGAAGAAAGAGAGCGUCUUCAGGAAGAAUGGAGGCUAUUUCAAGAACAAAAAAAGAAUUUUGAGAAGGAACGAAGAAGUUUUACAGAAGCUGCUAUUAGAUUAGGACUAGAGAGAAAAGCAUUUGAAGAAGAUAGAGGAGCAUGGUUGAAGCAACAGUUUUUAAGUAUGUCUACUGAUUACAAGCACUCUGAAAAUGUGACAACUCCAAGUGCCUUCAUAGGAACUUCUGACCAAGACAAUCGGUUAGUGAACUCAAUGUCUCAGCAAAGAAAACCUCACUGUAAGCUGAGUGGUCCUGUUUCUGCUGAGUCCUGCCAGACUUCUCAGUAUAUUUCACAAAACAGUUCCAAUGCUGCAUUAAAGAAACCUGCUGGAGACAGCAUGCCAAAUCAGUGGGAGGAAAGUGACAAGGAAGAGACUGAGUAAUGCACAAUCACAGGAAGACUGAAGAUGGCACUCUGCUAUGUAGAAACUUGCACAUAGAACAACUGCCUUAGACUUCCUAGGGUUGCCUGCUGUUUUGUUAGAGAUAUUCAUAAACUUACUGUUCUAAAGUGUAACAGGAUGCUGUGAGUUUGAUCAUUCUUCUGAAGGGUUAUGUGGUAAGCUGAGCUGUGAUGUGUAUGUAUGUGUGCACAUGGCUUUUUUUUUUUUAGACCAUUUCUUGCAACUCUUGAAAGAUGCUUAUUUAAAAGUAUAUUAAAGCUUUGAUAUUUUUCUAGUAACAGAAGCUGUGAUUCUGUGAAUGAAGCUAUGGUCUGAAACUUUGGCUGUAAUGAAAUAUUGGAUCCUAAUGUUUCUUUUCAUCACAGACAGAGAUAGCACUUUUAGGAAUGGUUUAAUUAUUGGAAACACUCAUCUUGAGAAACAUCUCAAGCGUAACUGACGUUAAAACUUCUUUUGCCUCAACUUGAAUGUACAGUAUACUGUAGAUUUUUAAACAAGUUCUAUAUUUAUUAAUUUACGUGACUUGAAAAUACCUCUUUGAUAUUUCAGAUGACCUAAGGCGCGAAAUCUUUAUAUAUUUGUGAAUAGACAAAAUGAUUAUGCUGAGAAACCACGAAAUGAAACGCAUACAUCCAUAGUAUUAUUUUACAUGGUAUUUUAAAUUGUUUUAUAGUGAUACUCUGUUUACAGACGCAUUAGGACUUUCAGUGGUUCAGUCAGGAAUAAAAUUAUUUCAAAUGUAAAAAAUAAAUGUGUAAGCCUGUUUUAAGAAA